UCGAGCUCACCCUCACCUUUGAAGCAAACCUAGCUACUAUUGGCUCUCAUCUGCACUUGCCGAUCAGAACAUCAACGAAGGACGCAAUCCCUCCCAAUCCCUCGAAAAUAGUAGAUAGAUAAGGCGGGUAUCCGUUGUGCUACGUACGAAAUCUGUUGUUAUAGGUUACGCUCCUCACCAUCAAGGCUUACCCAGGUGUGUACAAUACACAUUCAGAUAACCUCACCUUUGUGUCGUCACUUACACCUGUUCAAGACAACAACUACCUAUCAUCCCGAGCCAUUCGAGUCCAAACUCAAAAGCUCUCAGAAGGAGCUCUACAGCGACGACUUACCGUCCAACAAUUUUCAGAAUCCGCUCAGGCAAGCCACAGUACCAUAAACAUGGUCCGCUCAUCAAUCCUAGACCUCCCCCCGCUCCCCGAGGGGCUGAACCUCGCGCCCAUCGCGCGCAUCUCCUCAGCCAAGCUGCAGUCCGGCGACGCAGCCGAGGGAGCGCGCGUCCUCGAGGCGGCGCGGACCUACGGCUUCUUCUACCUGGACCUGAGCGACUCCCCAGCGGGCGAGGCGCUGCUCGCCGACUCGGAGGCCCUCCUGGCCGUGGCGAAGGAGGCCUUCGCCGCGCCGGCCGACGCGAAGCGGCGCUACCUGCUGCAGAAGGGCGUGUCCAUGUUCGGGUACAAGGAGGCCGGGACGGUCAAGGCGACGGACCCGGAGCGGCGGCCCGAUUCGACCGAGUUCUUCAACGUCGCAAAGGACCACGUGCACGGCGUGGCGCCGAGCCGCGAGUACCCGCCCGCCAUCGAGGCCGCGAGGCCGCUGCUGCGGGACUUUACGCGCAGGGGCCACGAGUGCGGCGUGAUGGUGCUGCGGGCGCUGGAGCGGGGGCUGGGCCUGCGCGACGGGGAGUUUGCGGACCUCAAUGUCUUUGGAUUGCCCUCGGGCGACCACUGCCGGUUGACGAGGAAGUUCCCGCACCCGUCGGAUGCCAAUGCCGUGGGGCUGCCGAGCCAUACUGACUUUGGGAGCGUCACUGUGCUGUUUAACUGGGUCGGCGGCCUGCAGAUCGAGUCCCGGACCGACGGGAGGGGAGGGGAGUGGGAUUGGGUGAAGCCGCUACCCGGUCAUGCGGUCGUGAAUCUGGGUGACGCAAUGGUCAAGUUCACCAACGGGGCGCUAAAGUCGGCCAAGCACCGCGUCGUCCCCGCGCCGGGUGCGCAGGGGGAGCUGGACCGGUACAGCGUCGUGUACUUUGUGCGGCCCCACAACGCCGCGCUGAUGCAGCCGGUGGCCGGGUUUGCGAACGGCACCCACGUCAAGGUGGGCGGGAAGGUGUCCGUUGGCGACGACGAGAACAAAAUCUACACGGCGGGUGAGUGGAUGGUGAAGAGGGCGAUCCAGCUGGGCUCGUGAUGGGUGGACUCGUGCGAAGCCUGCCUGGGUUGUUUGUCGUCGUGUGAGUGCCCAUUGGUGUUGGUUGGUGUGUGGUGAAGCACACCAUAGAUUAUGGAUGGCAGGACGGUGA